CCCCAAACUAUUUUUCUUUCUUAACCCUUAAAGUUUCAUUUUUCAUAUAUUACACCAAAAUUUGAAAUCAUCUUCUUUGAUUGUUUUUGGUGUGAGCGAAGAUGGGAAGAUCGAAUUCUCAAUGCCCAUCUCAUUGGAUUCUCCUCUGCUUCUUCAUCUCUUCUCAGUUUUGGGGAUUCUCACUUCCCACUUCGAUAAUUCAACAAAAUCUCGAGGGUUUUAAAGAUCCUGAAGACGGUUUUCAUGAGAUUCAUUGUUCAAGAGAACGUAGCAGAGUUGCUUGGAAAAUCAUUCAAGAGUAUCUCAUGCCGUAUGUGGAAAAGGAGCGGUAUCAGUUACCGAGUACUUGUAGAGUUCAUCGAGACAAUGACAUUUAUAGAGAACAAGAAGAGCACAAAUUGCGUUCAGAUAUUAAUGAGUGGCGUUGUGGAUUCUGCAAAAAGGCUUUUUAUGAAGAGAAGUAUCUCGAUAAGCAUUUCGAUUCGCGCCAUUACAAUUUACUUAAUGCGAGUCAUGGUAAAUGUCUGUCGGAUCUUUGUGGAGCGUUGCAUUGUGAUCUUGUUGUAGACACAGCUCGGCUUAAGUCCAAGUGUAAUCCUGCAGCUGCUGCAAAAAACCGGCACUUAUGUGAGAGUUUGGCUAAUAGUUGUUUUCCGGUAAAUAAAGGUUCAUCAGCCAACCGUCUUCACGGUAUUAGAACCUUCCUGAAUUUUACUAUCUUAUUUCAACAGUUUUUGCUUGUAUUGAUCCAUAAAGAUUCACCACUACUUUUGGGGUUUAAACUUUACAAUUGUAGACUUCUUCGUGGGGGGUUUUAAUGAUCCAUAGAGAUUCACCACCCUUUUUUGGGGGUUUUAACUUUUAAAACUGCAGAUUUCUUCUUGCGUCAGUUCUGCGAUGCACAUACAUGUUCAGGAGGAUCAAAGCCCUUAUCUCAAAAACCAAAGAAGAGGAGUAUAGUGUACAUUAUUUUCUCCAUCAUCGUUUUGGUAGUGCUUCUUCUCUAUUACAGCUUUGUCUAUUUGUUCCGAAGAGGAUUAAAGAGAAGAUCUCAAGAUUUGAAGCGUAUUAGACACAAUGGUCUGAAGAAGAAACCCUUCUAACCAUAUCAAGCUUUAGCUUUAAUGGCGGCUGAGAGAGAGUACAUUUUUUUUCUUUGCAAGAUGAUUACAAUUAGGAUCAGAUUAGUGCAUUUUGCAACAUCCCUUACAAUUAUAUCACUACUUACACCAAUAUUGUUACUUAGAAUUCAAUAGUGUUUACUGCAACUAGAGCGGUACAAUCGCAUUUAACAUUUCUAAAACAUUUCAAAGGUUCAACUUAAUUUCAUUUUUCAUAUUUGUUAGUAUCA